CAUAAUCACAUCACAUCAGUUGCUGUUCCACGAGGGCGCGCAACAGGGUUGUGCACUUGCGCGUUCAAGUACUUGUACCCACAUGCUCGUUCGCAGAGCCAGUCAGCAUUUGACUCAGUAGUGGCAGAGGGGAUCUAGGACUUUUCUUGUCAGUUAGCUAGCUACUCCCCGAUACCGAAAUCAAGUGCAUCCCCUCAGCUAAGAUGUCAAAGUUGGAUCAGAUUCUUGUCCUUGACCCUCCCUCCGACCUCAAAUUUAAAGGUCCUUUCACAGAUGUAGUCACCACAAACCUCAAACUGAAGAACCCUUCUGACAAAAGAGUGUGUUUCAAAGUGAAGACAACUGCGCCGCGCCGAUACUGUGUACGGCCAAACAGUGGUGUCAUCGAUGCCGGCGCAACUGUCAUUAUCUCUGUCAUGCUACAGCCCUUCGACUAUGACCCCAAUGAGAAAAGUAAACACAAAUUCAUGGUGCAGACGAUUUUUGCCCCAUCAAAUGUUUCUGACAUGGAUUCAUUGUGGAAAGAUGCAAAACCCGAUGAUCUCAUGGAUUCCAAGCUGAGAUGUGUCUUCGAGCUGCCUUCUGAAAACGAUAAAGUGAAUGAUGUGGAGGCGACCAAAGGAGCCCCAGUGACGAACUCUGCAAAGGCCGACUCAUCAGCAGCGACGGUGCCUCUCUCUGCCUCAAUGGACGACACAGAGAUGAAGAAAGUGCUGGAGAAGUGCAGGAGGUUGCAAACUGAGAUGAACAAGCUGGCUGAUGAGAACCGGCAAUUAAAGGAUGAUGGUAUGAGAAUGAGAAAGGUACCUCGCUCAGACCACAUGACAUCAAACUCAGCCAGCCUCCUCGGCCGAGAAGCCAGCACCGCCUCCCUGCCCUCCCUCCUCGUCGUCUUAGCAGCCAUCUUCAUCGGAUUCUUCCUAGGGAAGUUCAUCUUGUAGACUGGGAGAUGCAUGCCAGCCGUAUCCCCCGUGCCCCGGCUCCGGAAUAAAACAGGCCUGGAAAAACCGAAAAGUCUUUGUGUUGACUUUGCCAUAUCAUUGGUAGUGUGGCCUACAGUGAACACAUCUGUACAGCAUCAUUCUAAGGCGUCGCCUUUUUACAAUCUCACACGGUUAGUUCACACAGAGAGUUGAGAAAAGGAAGGCGACAAAAAAGUGAUUGCUCCCUUUUUUUUUGUUUUCUGUUUUUUGAUGGUGGGAUAACACAGGUAAUGUGAUGGAACACGGAAGGUUGUACACGAUCAACAUGGAAAAUGCACCUAGAGUGAACCCUGGGCAAAAGGCAGUCCGAUUUAAAGCUCUCUCUUGCUCUCUCUAUCUCGCUCGCUCGCUCUCUCUCUCUCUUGCUCGCUCGCUCUCUCUUCUUUCUUCUUCUCUGUUGUUUUUAAUAGGAAUUUGAAAUGGAAUGUUAGGUGUCUUGUAAAUGUUUUAAAUCCUUUUAAACAAACAAAAAGGAAAGAACUUCCAUCAAAAAGACAUUGCUACCUGUUGCUGGAUUGCCUCUGAAGUAAAUAUGUUCAAUUUGUAAGUUCUACUUCUUGUCUUGGAAUGUACAGGUCCAGCUGGGGAUAAUGUAGGUGCCUCCUUCUUGUACAUUUCUGUCCUUUCCUUUUUCUCACAACACCAAUGCAGACUUUAUAUAUUAUUAUUAUUAUUAUUAUUAUUAUGAUUAUUAUAAUUAUACAAAUCAUAUAUUCCUUCUGAGGCAAAUAUUGACUGAAAAAGGUCUCCAUUCUUAAAAUCCUGUUCCAUGGUAUUAAGCAUUGAAGAAAUAAAAAUGAAAGAAAUGUGGUUUUGA